AUGGAGAAAAGAGAACUAAAGGCUUCGGUUCCCAAGUUUGAAAAGAUCCCCUGGCUGUGUGAGGCCAGCCUCCGGAACAAGCCCCUCGUGCUCAGCCUCCCCAGAAGAUUCCCUCAUGCCUCCUCUACUUCUCUGAAUUCAUGGAGGAAGGAUGUGAAUUUGCCAAAUACGUUUCAAGAUCCAAACGGCUUAUCUAAGGCCAGGAGGAGCCACAGUGGCCCCGUGCUGGGCAGGAGCUGGCAGCUGUGCUCCUCAUGCCAGGAGGUGAAAAUGGUGCAACCAAGAACUGUGAUGAUCCCAGAUGAUCUGAAACAUUCCUUUGAGAAUUGUCUGAGUGAUAGAAUGAAGAGUCUUCAGUCACCAAAGGCUCACACUGGACCCAGGUGUUCCCCUGAUGACAUCUCAACAGAGAGCAUUCACUACAGACUGCCCCUCCUGGGCCCCCGGACAGGGGCCUUCCACAAACUGUUGUUGUCAGACUCCUACAAGGCUCUGCAGGGGAUACAGCUCUCUUCCUCACCCAGAAAGGAGCCCAUGGGCAAGACAAUGAGGCAGUGA